AUGAGAAUAAGCUGUUUGAGGAAUUUGUUUCCAGCUAUGGCUGUCGCUGCAGUGUUUCUCUAUGUGAGCUCUGUUAAGCAAACACUCCAAAGCCAAGAGAAGCAGCUUUAUCAAGCCCAGCAGAACCUCUCCUUACACAAUGAUCUUCUCCUCAACAAACUGGAGAAACUGGAGGCUCAGGUGCACGCCUUGGAAAAGAGAAACCGUAAUGUGAAAACAAAGAAGCAACCGGUGAAGAAGCUGUUUCCAAACUCGCGUCUGUUCCAGCGAUGGACUGUGGAACUUUCAGAAGUAGAUCAGAGGAAGGCUGAAGAUCUUUUUCAGAAAUAUGGCUAUAAUGCCUUUCUUAGUGAUCAGAUCCCUCUGGACAGAGAGCUGCCGGAGACUCGAGACCACAGAUGCAUUGAACGUGAAUACCCCCAAAACCUGCCCACCAUCGGUGUGAUUCUGAUUUAUCUGGAUGAGGCUCUGUCUGUCAUUCAAAGAGCUGUUUGUAGCAUUAUCAACAGAACUCCAGCCCACCUACUGAAAGAGAUCAUACUGGUGGAUGACCACAGCCAAAAUGAAGAUCUGAAGUCACAGCUGAAUGAUUUUGUCAGAUCUAAUAACCGGAAGCAUCCAAACUUGUUGAGGAUGGUGACACAUUCAGAGCACAGAGGUCUCACUCAGGCGAGAAUCUCAGGAUGGAAGGCUGCCACCGCGGAUGUAGUGGCCAUUUUGGAUGCCCACAUUGAAGUCCAUGUCAAAUGGGCGGAGCCUUUGCUCGGUCGUAUCCAGGCUGACCGUACGGUGGUCCUGAGCCCUGUGUUUGACAAAGUGAAUUUCGAUGAUUUGGAAAUAUCAAAAUAUCCUGCCUCCGCUCAAGGAUUCGACUGGGCACUCUGGUGCACAUAUGACAUGUUCCCACAGAAGUGGUAUGAUCAGAAUGACCCUUCUCAACCAGGAAAGAGUCCGUCCGUAAUGGGCAUUCUGGUGGCUGAUCGUCUGUUCUUUGGUGAGAUUGGAACUCUGGAUGAAGGGAUGAAGGUGUACGGAGGAGAGAAUGUUGAAUUUGGAAUUCGGGUAAACCACAUGCACUUCAUUACACAAUUAAUAUUCUAUUUUCUAAAUAAUGACAGAUUAUAAUAAAUUCACUAUUUUGACUUGUCGUGUGGUUUGGCACAGGUGUGGCUUUGUGGAGGAAGUAUAGAGGUUGUGCCGUGCUCUAAAGUCGCCCACAUCGAGAGGGCACACAAGCCCUAUGUGCAUGACAUUCUCAAUACAAUAAAGAGGAAUGCUCUCAGAGUGGCAGAAGUGUGGAUGGAUGAAUAUAAGACAAAUGUAAACAUCGCCUGGAAUCUUCCAAUGAAGGACCAUGGGAUAGACAUUGGAGAUGUAUCCGAGCGAAAAAAAUUGAGAGAGAGGCUAAAGUGCAAACCAUUUAAAUGGUAUCUGGAAAAUGUCUAUCCUCAGUUAAAGCUCAUUGAUGAUAUACUUGGUUAUGGAGUGCUGCAAAAUGAUCUGCAAACAAGUUUAUGUUUGGAUCAGGGGCCGCUGGAUAAAAACACUCCCAUUUUAUAUAUAUGCCAUUUUUUAUAUUCACAGGUGUUUCAGUAUACUGCUAAUGGUGAGUUAUACGUCGGCCCCCUUAAGCCUCAUUCAUACAGACGAACACGUUGUCUCAAGGAUCCGGGCUCAGGGAAAGCUCCAGAACUGAACGUGUGCUCGGAUGCUAUAAAGCUUAAAGAGCACAUAUAUUGGGACUUCAAACAGGGACAGGGUAUACAGAACAGAGACACAAAACGCUGUCUGGAGGUCAGUGUUGAUCAGAACGGAGAGUAUCUCUUUAUUGGUGAAUGCAGCGGCCAGCACUGGAAGAUACAGUAUGUUAUUCAGGACUUUUAA